UUUUCUCCCCCUUCUCCUCCCACCUCCCAUCCCUCUGUCUCUCCCUCUCAUUCGCCCACAUCCUCUCGCUUUCUCCACCAGGCUUCCAACACUCUGCAGCAGAGACAUUUUACUGGUUUGUGGUCCGGAACAGGUUGACAGUUGGUUCAUAAAUAGGAUGUCUAUAGUUAAUAUUGUUGCCAGGGAGAUCCUGGACUCCAGGGGAAACCCCACUGUGGAAGUAGAUCUGCACACUGGCAAAGGUGUGUUCAGGGCUGGAGUUCCCAGCGGUGCGUCCACCGGUAUCUACGAGGCUCUGGAGCUCCGUGAUGGAGACAAAACUCGCUACAAGGGCAAAGGUGUAACCAAAGCUGUCGGUCACAUUAAUGACACCCUUGGACCGGCCCUCAUCCAGUCUGUGAGUACAAGUGCAGAAAUAUGAUCGAUUUAAAGAGGA